AUGGGUAAGAAACAAGCAUCGCCCGCCUAUGUCCUGGGUGUGGGAAUGACCAAGUUUAUCAAACCUCGGGGCAAGGUCGAUUAUCAUGAACUUGGUUUCGAGGCUGGAGUGAAGGCUAUGCUGGAUGCCCACAUCAACUACGACGAUGUCGAGCAAGGUGUUGCUUGCUACGUGUACGGCGACAGUACCUGCGGCCAGCGCGUCUUCUACCAGUUCGGCCUCACCCAAAUUCCCAUCUACAAUGUCAACAACAACUGCUCCACAGGGUCUACCGGUCUCGCUAUGGCUCGAACUCUGGUCUCCCAUGGCGCCGCCGACUGCGUGCUCGUCGUGGGCUUCGAAAAGAUGAACCCGGGAAGUCUUCAGUCGGUCUACAACGACCGCGAGAACCCGACAGGUCAGUUCGGAAUGAUGAUGGCCGACACAAGAGGCGUCACCAACGCUCCGGGUGCCGCGCAGAUGUUUGGAAACGCCGGUCGGGAGUACAUGGAAAAGUAUGGUGCUAAAAACGAAGACUUUGCCGAGAUUGCUCGGGUCAACCACGAGCAUUCCAAGCGCAACCCUUACUCGCAAUUCCAGCAAGAAUACACUCUCGAGCAGAUCAGCAAGGCCCCGAUGAUUCACGAACCCCUGACCAAGCUCCAAUGCUGUCCCACCUCCGAUGGUGCAGCCGCAGCUGUCAUCGUUUCCCAAGAGUUCCUGGAUGCUCGUCCCCAUCUGAAGGACCAGGCUGUUCUGAUCGCUGGUCAGCAGCUGGCGACGGACAACAGCACAGUCUACAACCGCAGUGCCAUCGAUCUGAUGGGAUUCGGAAUGUCCCGAAAUGCGUGCCGAGCAGCCAUCAAGGAAGCCGGCGUGAACGUGAAGGAUAUCAAGGUGUGCGAGUUGCAUGACUGCUUCUCGGCCAACGAGAUGAUCACCAUCGACGCGCUCGAGCUGUGUGAGCCCGGACAGGCGCAUGAGAUGGUCCGCAAGGGCAAUAUUACGUACGGGGGCAAGAUGGUCAUCAACCCUUCCGGUGGCUUGAUAUCCAAGGGCCACCCUCUGGGAGCGACCGGUCUGGCGCAGUGUGCAGAGCUGGUGUGGCAUUUGCGUGGCUGGGCUAACAACCGGCUGAUCAACGGGACCGAUGCCGCUUUGCAACACAACCUGGGCUUGGGCGGUGCGGUCGUGGUGACUGUAUAUAAGCGAGCCGAUGGCAAGGUAGCCAGUCCCGUCUCGUCCGACGCCGUGGCAAAGAUAACCGGCCUUGGAUAUAAUCCAGCCGUCGAGGCCAAGGGGUUUUCAGCCCAGCAGGCCGAAACGGUGCGGAGUAAGAAGUAUAGCGAUGAGUGGGCGCUGUCCGACACUCAGGAGAGAGUCCUGGCCCGAUUCUAG